GUUGAAUAUUAGUUUCUAAAGAUCCCCAGAGGUUCUCGUCCGUACUAUCUAUGGACAAACCUCUCAAACCUCGACAUGCCAUGCGACUGAAAGCACUUGCAGCAGCUACCGCAAGGCACCCAAUUCAAGUACGGCGGCAGUACCUGAGUCUCAAGCAUAUUCAUUCUCCAACGCUGCCUACGCGAGCAGUGCCCCUCACAGACGUACCCCCAUCUUUCCCCUCAAUCCAUACAUCCCAAGAGCCGUCUCCAGUAGACUUUGGUUUCCCACAUAUCGCUAUGUCCUCUUCAACGUAGAGCGGAGCAUGAUUCUUGUAGGUAAUAUCGCUGACAGAAAAACCUCUUCCAUGCAGAUAAUGCCGAAGGGCUGUAAGAAGCAGUGUUAACGUCAGAGGACCAUGAACAAGAAGGUCUCGAUAGCCUUCGACAUCGCUAGUGUAUCUUCUGUCGAGAUGGAUCGAGUGAGCAUUGAAAGUG